AUGGACGCAGACGACGCCUCCCUCGCGGAGCUCGGGGGCAUGUCCUCGCCGUCGCCGUUCGCGCGCGGGACGGACGCGCGCUGCGAGAGAACGAAUGGCGACGGUGCCAACAACGACGCGGCGGGCGGUCGCCGCGACGACGCGCGCGCGUUCGAGGACGAGACUUUCGCGAGCGAUCGCAGAUACUUCAACGCGUGCGAUGGCGGCGUGUUCGACGCGACGUCCACGGCGACGCCGCACGACCACGCGGCGUCGCUCGCGGGGGCGCGGUACCCGGCGCAUCGUCGAGACUCGAUUCGUCAUUUCCUACGCGCGCGCGAGACGACGCGUUUCCGCGCGUCCACGUCGCUCCGUCCGGGCGUCCGCGACUUCGUGUCCGACGGCAGGAACGGCAACACGAGGUGCGGGAUCGUGCGAAUCGUCCCCCCGCACGUGGGCGACGGCUCGCCGCCGUUCGUGGUCAAAUUUUGCGACGACGCGCGUCGGCGCGGGGAUCGACUCCUCGCCGUCGCGGACGAGGAAGGCAUCGUGACGAUCGUGGACGCGUCGAAACCCUUGCCCGGGAUGGAAAUCGAGCCGGGGUACCGCCCGGCGGAGCAAUGGUUCGCGCACGAUAACGCGAUAUUCGACGUCGCGUGGUGUCAUCGCGACGACCGGCUCCUGACCGCGUCUGGGGACCAAAGCGUGAAGCUUUGGGACGUCGAGACGAACGUGUGCCAUCGGACGUUUAAGCGACACAACGGGAGCGUGAAAGCGGUGAGCGUGCGCCCGGACGGCGGGUGCGGCGACGUGUUCGCGUCCUGCGGAAGGGACGGCACGAUCGCGCUGUGGGACGCGAGGGAGAGCCGGCGACGCGGUCGACGCGGCGUCGGGACCGGGGCGGCGUCUGACCCGUACGCGCGCGAGACGCCGACGGCGGUGAUCGCGCGAGCGCACGAGCCCCCCGCGGCGAUGGGCGGCGGGACCGCGCGGGGGUUCAGGACGGACCGCCGCGCGACGCGGUCGGCGACGAGGGCGGCCGCGGCCGCGGCGAGGGGCGGCGGCGGCGGCGCGACGGCGGCGGCGGCGGCGGCGGCGGCGGCGGAGGACCGCGGGGGCUUCGUGUCUCCUCCGCGUCGAUCGCGUCACCUCCGCGUCGAACGCAACGCCAGCGUCCCGGGCGCGACCGGGCGCGCGUCGUCUCGCCCGCGCGGGGACGCGCAGCACGGCGUCACGUCCGUCGUCUUUUCGCACGACGGGCAAGUCCUCGUCAGCGCCGGCGCCGCGGAUGGGAAAAUCAAACUCUGGGACGUUCGACGCCUCUCCGGCGGCGUCCCCGUGGACACGAUCGUCGACGCGGACCCGCCGUUCAUCGCGGGCGGACGCGGCGACCGCGACCGCGGGUGGUUCGACGACGCGCGGUCUCCCGACGACGUCGACGCGCGACGGGCGAGGGCGAGACGACGCGGCCGAGGCGUCACCGCGCUCGCGUUGGCGCCGGAGGGGUCUUCGCGCGUCGCCGCCGCGUACUCGGACUCGCACCUCGCGGUGUUCGACCUCCACAACCCGUCCUCCGGGGCGAUCUGUCACCUGAGGGGGCACCGCGCGCCGAGUUUUUACGUCAAAGCGACGUGGAGCCCGUGCGGGACGCACGUCGCGUCUGGGUCGUGCGACCAGCGCGUGUACGUGUGGAGGGUGGACACCCCGAGGGCGCCGCCGACGGCGUUGAAAGGGCACGACGGCGAAGUCACCGCGGUGGACUGGUGCCCGGGCGACUUCACGUGCCUCGCGUCGUGUGCGGACGACUACACCGCGAGGGUGUGGACGAUCGACCGCCAGGCCGCGGAGGAGGCGAGGGAGAGGGCGGGCGAGACGACGACGACGACGACGACCUGGAGCGGAAACGGAAACGGAAACAGAAACGGCGCCGCGGACGACGCGUUCGAGUUCAACGCCCGCGACGGGAUGUUCCGCACCCCCGCGGCGACGACCGAACGCGCGCUGACCGCGCCGUCGACGCGGAAGACCGCGUCCGCGCUGACCGGCGGCGAGUGGAUCGCGCGCGCGAUCGAGGAAGGGAGGAAGCUUCAGUUUGAAGACGCGACGCGGCGCGACGGCGACGGCGACGGCUGCGGCGGCGCGGAGGCGACGUUCGAGGAGAACGACAAGGAGAACGCGGACGCGAACGUGCCCGGGGUUGCCGCCAUCUCGGAGACGACGAGGGGUUUCGCGAUGGCCACCCCCGCGAGUCCGGCGCUGCUCACGCCCGGUCAGGCCUCGGUCAGGACGCGUCGGGUCGGCGCGCGGCGACGCGAGCCGCGCGCGCAGCAGCAGAGCAACUCCAUCCUGACGUACUUCACCCCGCGGCGAGGCGAGGACGGCGGCGACGAUGGGGUGGCGGCCGCCAUGGAGGAGUGA